AUGUCGGAGAACCUCUGUUUCUCACCCCCUACAUUGAAUCUGGAGAUGUGGAGACAGGACGGAACACACAGUGAUAUCGAGAGCUACUCUGGGUUCAUUACUGCAGACAAGGAGAACAAUGGAAACAUUUUCUUCUGGUUCUUCCCUGCAGCAGAGAACCCUGAUACUGCUCCAGUAGUAAUAUGGCUCCAGGGAGGACCUGGAGGUUCAUCUAUGUUCGGACUCUUAAAACUCCACGGACCUUUACUCUCUGGAAAUGAUGAAAACGGAAACUUCGGAGUUCGUGACAAUCCUUACUCCUGGCAUAGAAAACAUAAUAUCAUAUACAUUGAUAACCCAGUCGGAGCAGGUUACUCCUUUAGCGACAAGCUGCGUGAGACCCAGGAUGACGUGUCCCAGAACCUGUACAACAUGCUCCAGCAGUGGUUUAAACUCUUCCCUAUGUACCAGAGAUAUAGAGAUAUAGAGAUCCUCGUUGAGUGUUCUAGAGAUAUAGAGAUCCUAGUUGAGAGUUUUAGAGAUAUAGAGAUCCUAGUUGAGAGUUUUAGAGAUAUAGAGAUCCUCGUUGAGUGUUCUAGAGAUAUAGAGAUCCUAGUUGAGAGUUUUAGAGAUAUAGAGAUCCUAGUUGAGUGUUCUAUAGAUAUAGAGAUCCUAGUUGAGUGUUCUAGAGGUAUAGUGAUCCUAGUUGAGUGUUCUAUAGAUAUAAAGAUCCAUGUUGAUUGUUCUAGAGAUAUAGUGAUCCUAGUUGAAUGUUCUAGAGAUAUAGAGAUCCUAGUUGAAUGUUCUAGAGAUAUAGAUCCUAGUUGA